AUAUCAAUACAAAAUCUUACAAGAUGGCGAAAUGUGACUAGUCAGACAAUAAUAAACAAACAAAUUAUGUACUUCAUCAGAUUUAGUUAAUGCAUAUUAUACAUUUUUAGAAUUACGUUAACGAGCGGUAUUUAAUGUGUUGUACGUACGUACAUUUAAUUAGUAAUUGUGGUGGGUGUCCAAAAAAUGCUGUAUGAAUUAGUAUGCUCAGAAUGUAACAUAUCGUUCCCUUCGGCCUCCUCACUUUUGCAACAUUUUGCACAGCAUGCAAAUAAUGAAAGUUUCGAUAAUGAAGUAACACACAACAGUACAAACUGUAGAAAAGUGGAUGUUCCCGAUCUGUAUCCUAUAUCAACCUUCAAAUCAAAGGUGAAAAAUGAAGAGUUACCAUUAGCAGCGAACUGCGAAGUUAAAAAUGAGCCCAUCGACUUCUGUGCAAUAACCUCGGAUGAUCUACAAAGUGAAAGUGACAUGGCAAAUGAUACAAAGUCCAUCUCCGACAAGGUCUCGCGGAAAUACCAAUGUACUUACUGCCAAAAAUCUUUCGGUUGGUCGACCGACUUGAAACGGCACAUCCUAAUUCACACAGGUGAAAGACCAUUCAAAUGCCUCGAAUGUAAUUCGACGUUCACAAGAAAAUUUCUUUUACAAAAACACCAAAGUAAACAACACAAUUUUGACUAUGUUACCGAGUUAACUGUCGGAGACGAUUUUCACAUGCCACAACUGACACCUAUAACACUUUUCAAACAAAAGUCUCGAAAACAAGAUAAAGAAAAAAUUAAACGUAAAGUAUUAAAUACAAAAAGUUUACAUCAAAGUCAAACGAAAAUACCUGAUAAUUUAUUAUGUCCUACCUAGCAUUAUUUUUGUGCAAUAAUAUUACUUGGUUACCAUUCGGAAGUUGUGCUAAUUAUGAUUUCGAUUGAUUAAUGGCAUACUUUUUUGUAUUAUCCAAAGAUUAUUGUAAUUAUGUAUUUUGUGUGUAAGAUUGGAUAAAAGUAUUUUAUAACAUUUUUAGGAGAGGCAAUUGUACUUAAAUUAUAGUGUACCUACAUAUUGUGAUUGUGGUUUUCCUAGUUUUUAAUCAUUGAGAAUUUUGUAUAGAUUAUAUUUUAUAUUGUACAAACAUUUAUAUAACGAUGAAUUUAUACGUGCCUAGUGCCUAGUCAGAUGAUGAAAAGGUUGCCAAAAAUUCAAAAUAAAUAUUUUUUGAAAUUGUU